CUCUCCUUCCUUCUAAGAGGCUAAGAGGACCCCACUUUCCGACCUGCAACGGACAACAAUCACGCCGUACCACAAAUUAAUAAAAAAAAAAAAUUUCAUACAUGGUGGAGAAUGGAGAUGGAGUAUCAAAAAAGAAGAAGGCAGCAAUAGAGGCGAGAAAGAGAGAAGAAACCGCAGUUCAGUCAGCAACAAGUUGGGAAUCUGAAGGAAGGAAGAAGGAACAUCCAUUUUCUGCACUCAUAUUAUAUUAGGACUGCGACUGUGAUACGAAAAGGAGCCGCGGCUAGCCAGAGAGGGGCAGAGAGGUUUGAUAUAGUACUAACAGAAGAAUAGAAUCGGGAGUACUUGCUAGUGUUAUUUUAUCUUGAAAGCGGACUCUUCCUCGAGAACCCCAACUCCGCCGACUAGUUGUUGAGCGGGGUGUAGUCUAAGGAGAUUGAUAUAUCUCUGGUGCAGGUGAGGCAGUACUGCUGAUCAGAUUUCAUACCACCGGGUCAGGGUGGUCUCUCUGGUAUAAAUAAAGGUCGUGUGGUGAAUCAAGUUAAUGGUACUCCUGGGAAUUAGAGGCGGUAGGAAGGAGGAGGAGGAGGAGGGGAGCAAUAAUUACAAUAAUAGUAAGAGGAAGAAGAAUUCAAUGCGACUGUGGAAAUACGAGGUUGGAAGGACCCUGGGAGAAGGCAAUUUCGGAAAAGUCAAGUACGCCAGAAACCUGGAAUCCGGCCAAUCUUUUGCAAUUAAGAUCUUGGAGAAGCACAGGAUCUUUGACCUCAACAUCACCGAUCAGAUAAAGAGGGAAAUUGGGACCUUAAAGCUUCUCAGACAUCCCAACGUGGUCAGGUUACACGAGGUCUUAGCAAGCAAAUCCAAAAUUUACAUGGUCCUAGAAUUUGUGGACGGCGGCGAAUUGUUUGAUCGAAUAGCAUCCAAGGGGAAACUCUCCGAGGCUCAAGGCAGGAAGCUCUUCCAGCAGUUAAUAGAUGGCGUCAGUUACUGCCACAACAAAGGCGUUUUCCACAGAGAUCUCAAGCUGGAAAACGUGCUGGUUGACGCAAAAGGAAAUGUAAAGAUAACAGACUUCGGCCUCAGUGCCUUGCCCCAACAUUUUAGGGAUGAUGGAUUGCUCCAUACAACGUGCGGAAGUCCCAAUUAUGUUGCCCCUGAAAUUCUUUCUAACAGAGGUUACGAUGGUGCCACAUCAGACACUUGGUCAUGUGGUGUCAUAUUGUACGUAAUUCUCACAGGAUAUCUCCCAUUUGAUGACAGAAAUCUUGCAGUACUUUAUCAGAAGAUCUUCAAAGGUGAUGCUCAGAUACCCAAGUGGCUAUCACCUGGAGCCCAAAACCUAAUUAAGAGAAUACUUGAUCCAAAUCCUUGUACUCGGAUAUCAAUGGCAGACAUCAAAGUGGAUGAGUGGUUCAAGCAAGACUACUCUUCUGCGAUACCUUAUGAUGAUGAUGACGACAACAAACAAAAUGCAUUCAUAGAGGAUGCAGUUUUAUCAGUGCAUGAGGUGCCAUCGGAAGCAGAAAAAGAUCCAGAAUCAUCUCACCUCAUUAAUGCCUUUGAGCUGAUUGGAAUGUCUUCCUGUCUAGACCUUUCCGGUUUUUUUGAGAAAGAAGAUGUCUCGGAUAGGAAGAUAAGAUUCGCUUCCACUCACUCUCUAAAAGAAUUGCUUGAGAAGAUUGAGCAGACAGUAACAGAAAUGGGAUUUCAAGUCCACAAGAAGAAUGGAAAGCUCAAAGCGAUACAAGAGCACAAGGGUGAUAAAGGCCCAGGUAGCGUCUCAAUAGCAGCAGAAGUCGUUGAAAUAAGCCCAUCUUUGCAUGUUGUUGAAUUACGGAAGUAUUAUGGGGAUCCUGCAGUCUAUAGACAGUUGUGCAAAAAGCUGUCUAAUGAUUUGGGCGCCUCGUCAAGUCAAGAGUGCUUAGCUGCUGAAUUGUGAGUACCCUUUGCUGCUUAGCUUAGAGAAUAGAGAUGCUAUAUGCUACGCCGAUGUAUACAUGCAUACAAGUAGAUUAUACAGUGGUACUAUUACCCCUACCAAUGAUUCAUUAUAAGAUGUUUGCAGAUGAUUCUUUUAAAACUGUAUAGCGCUUCAGUAGAUCCAGUUCAUUUUAGUCUUUCAUGAUAAAUUAAUAGGUUUGUAAGCUUGGACGAUAAAUAAUUUUCCAAGAAAAUAUACGUACCUUCUAUGCCA